AUGGCCCUUUGCGCCGACAGGCCGUCCCUCCCGCCUGCGGGCGCAGUUUCUCCGCUUUCUUCAAUACAGAGCAUUCUGCUACACUACAGUUCUCUUUUUCAAGUCCCCCUUGGGGUCCUUGAGCUCAUCUUUGGAGAUGUGUGCAAGCAAAUCGACGAAGCCCUCUACAAUCAACCGCUGGCCCAAUUAGACACAGACAUACGUUUCAAGGUCCACCUCUACCGGGUCUUGGAAGGUGUGUUGACAAGGAGCACCCCGCUAACUGAGCUUCUUCCACCUGCAAAGCUCUAUACCAGCGGGAAUACCAUUCGUGAGUUCACCAUCUUCUGUGAUAACUACGCGGGAGUCACAGACAUAGACGAUGAUUCGAGGCAAUUAGAGCUUUCUUCCUUUGAGGACUAUCUAUGCCCAGCUUGCGAGAAGCUGAUGCUCUUGCCUGUUGUUUUGCACCCAUGUGGCCAUACCAUAUGCAGGAACUGCUUGGAGCGGGGCACAACUUGUUCUGUGGGUCCUCUUUCUCGCUCUGAACCUCGUUACAUUACUACGUGUUCCCUCUGCGCGGCAGAAGUUACAUUUGCAAACUAUCAGCAUGAGAUGUAUCAAAAGCUACGUAAUAGAUUUACAUUCAACUGCGCGUUCCUCUCCGAAGGAUGCAUUUACAAGGGUCUGCUUUCUGAUAUGGAAAGUCAUUUACAGAUAUGCCCCUACGCUCUCAAGGACCAGCAGACAAAUGAGGAUACUGCCGUUGCAAUUGUGAGAUUGAAGGAAAAGCAGCUACGAGGGCUUGAAGCGGACAUUGGCUUGUAUUCCGCUACGCUGAAGACCCUUAGUGAGCGAGUGCGACUAUUCUCUGAAGGUGCAGACACGCUUUCACUGGCAGCACGUAGACUGGCUGAUUUGGUGCCCUGCCCAACAGGCUCGCCAUUUCCUGCUCAACUUACCCAGAUCGACCACGAUAUUCGUACGGAUCCGCUCAAUCUAAAUAACUUAGCUGCUAAGCUUCAGAUUUUAGGCGAUGCCGUGCAUUCUUUUGUGUCCAGUCAAACCACGAGUACUGUCCAUUCCUCUGCGAUAGCUGACCAGUCUGGAAAUAUCGCGAUGAUUCACAGUCUGGAAAGUCAAUUAGGUUACUAUAAACAAAAGCUUGCAGACACAGAAAGGAACCUCAAGGAAGUCACCUCUAAACAAGGGUCUUUGAAACAGGAGAUAGAAGUUCAACGAGCCCUUUUAGAAGAGAGCCAGCAAACCAUCAACGAUCUGACCACCCAGCUCUCAUUGGCCAGAGACCAACUCAUAGAAGUUCAAAGGUCCUGUUCGUGCGCUGUUGUCCGUAACUGUAACGAGGAGUUGGCGGCGGAGAACAAGCGCAUGCAGAUGUCUGUCAGUAGCCUGCAACGUAUGCUUGGAGACUCAAAGCAGGAGUUAAGCGCACGGAGCGAGGAGACGGAGAUGUAUAAGGAACGCCUUGUUAGUCUUAUGAUGGACACGAACAACCUUGCAAAUACACUAGUCAAGUUUCAGCUACUUACAGCAGAGCAAAACAAGCGGCUCCGCGAGAUGUCUGGCCAGCUUCAGCUCUUUUACUCGGGAAAACCUGUCUGCUAUGAUUGCGGUUGUAAAAUAGAUUCUGCUACGUUAGAUUCGAACACAAUAAUCUACACAACGACAGAAUUGGUUAAGCAGUCUGAGCGCACUCUUGCAGAGGUUGCAUCAGCAUCGCUGGGAGUCGGAACAUCUGCUGUUUCCGGUAUCGAUCCUUCUGCUAGUAGCCAUUUCCCUCUGAAGCGCGAGUCUGAAGCAGCCCCACUGAAGUCAGAAAACGGAAGCCUCCAUGUUCUUGCGUCAGAUUACCCGCUUUCUCUCGAACGUUUUAUGGAGGACGACAUAAAUAUAGACAUCACAGCCAUCACACUGCUACGAUACAUCUUCCAUCCGAAAGUGUUACGGAGCCGGACGAAACUGGAGCACUUUGCCAACGAUUGUAAGGCUUUGUUGAGAAAAGCCAUAGGCCGAGACGAGCCCCUAUCAGACGAGAAAAAACUCCAGGCAUUGUAUCAGCUUUUAGCUAGUUUGCGGCAGUUCUAUGCCAACGAUUAUCCCUUGGACGAGAUCCUAGAUUUCCUAGCUCGGUUUCAGCUCGAAAACUCUCUAAUAAUGCGUGACCAGUUUGGUGUAGAGGCACGGCGCUCCAUAAUGGAAGGGUAUAAGAAAGUCAGAAGCGAAAAUAGAAUACUCAAGGCGACUCUUGAGCAGCUCCAGGAAAAGAAGAGCAUCUACCACAGCGUGCUUGCCGAGAAGAGUCGAGGUCGUCGCAUAGAUUAG